CAAAAGCAGAGGAGUCUGACUGGAUAGAGAGAGAUCUACAGGGGAGAAGACAGGAGGUUUAAACCUGUCAUCAUUACCAUCACUACCAUCACCUCAACCAACCAACCAACCGACCAUUCUAUCAAUUUGUUUAAUCCUGAGACGAUUCUAGUGACAACGGACCAACACGGAGCAAAACGAGGAAGACAGACAACGACCCUCACUAACUUCUGCAAUCAUGAUGUCAAUGAACAGCAAACAACCUUUCAGUAUGCACCCCAUACUGCACGAGCCCAAAUACACGCCUCUGCAAUCGACCUCAGAGGCCAUCCGGAGGGCAUGCAUGCCCACUCACUCGCUGCAGAGCAACAUCUUCGCCGGCUUCGAUGAGACUUUACUGCAGAGGGCGGAAGCGCUGGCAGCGGUGGAUAUCGCAAAGAGCCACCCUUACAAACCAGACGCGACCUACCACACCAUGACCACGAUGACCAGCAUGGCCUGCACCCCCACCUCAUCCUCGGCCCACCUCCACCACCCGUCCGUGCUCACCUCGCACCACCACCACCAUCACCCCCAUCACCAGGGCUCUCAGGGUCUGGAUGGCGACCUGCUGGACCACCUGACCCCCGGCAUGUCUGUCUCCCUGGGAGGGAUGCCCGGCUCCGACGUCUGCUCCACUGCCUCCCAUCCACACGCUCACAUGUCCGCCAUAAAUCACAUGCAGCAGCACCACCACCACCAACAGGCAAUGAACAUGCACCCCCACAGCAUGGGCUCGCACACCUCGCUGGGCGGCGGCGUGGACUCAGAGCCAGACCCCCGGGAGCUGGAGUCGUUUGCAGAGCGGUUCAAGCAGAGGCGGAUCAAGCUGGGGGUGACGCAGGCGGACGUGGGCUCGGCCCUGGCGAACCUUAAAAUCCCCGGGGUCGGUUGCCUCAGUCAGAGCACGAUAUGCCGGUUCGAAUCCCUCACCUUGUCUCAUAACAACAUGGUGGCCCUGAAACCCAUCCUGGAAGCGUGGCUGGAGGAGGCGGAGAGGGCGCAGCGGGAGAAAAUGACCAAGCCAGAGAUUUUCAACGGAGGAGACAAGAAGAGAAAACGUACCUCCAUCGCUGCUCCCGAGAAGCGCUCCUUGGAGGCAUAUUUCGCCGUGCAGCCGAGGCCCUCGUCUGAGAAGAUUGCAGCAAUAGCCGAGAAACUGGACCUGAAAAAGAACGUGGUCAGGGUGUGGUUUUGCAAUCAGAGGCAAAAGCAGAAAAGGAUGAAGUUUUCUGCGACACACUAGGAAAAUACAAAGCAAAACUUUCCUCGAAUAGACAAAUCCGAAGCAAAUAGGCAAACGGCUACGGUCCAUCGAGGCUAGCAGACAAGAUGGGUUUCGUUCCUUUGAAUUGGGAUAAAGACUUGACAACCAACAUCCACCGAGGCAAAACGUAUACCUUUUGAAAUUGAAAACUGAACAUCGAUAAAUACAAUACAGUGAAAUAGGAGAUCGACAUCAUUAUACUCCAUGGAGGCGGAAAAGAGAAAACCCACCUCUUAACUCAUGGCAAUUAUUGUACAGAAAUGGAAAUCGAAUAAUAAUUGUUAUUAUUCUCUUGAGUCAGAAUAACUAUUUUAUAUUUAUCAUUGUACAUAUUUGUGAAUAGGCUACAUUUCACCUGUGUGUGAAGAGCGCAUCGAAUUCGUUCUUUUUUCAAAAACCGAAUUGUUGUUUGCAGAAGAUAACUGAUGCUUAGGGCGUAAUGUUGUCAUCAUUGUAUGUGUCUCAGAGAUGGUUGGCUCUCCGUAACACGGGGGUAUAGUUGGAAUCAUUCAUUGCAUGGUUUACUUGUAGGGCGUUAGCUGUGAGUUAAUAGUUCUAAAAGCCCAUCUGAAUGCAUUGCAAUAAGAGAGCAUACACACGGGCAAUCGCACGUACACGCGGACAUACACAGUAUAGUCUACUAUCUGUCUACCUCAUUACGCUAGUGUUGGCACAUUCAUGGUCAUUUUGGACUGUAGGAGUAUAAAACACAAAAAACUAAUCGUUUCUUCGUUUUUUUGUUUUAUCCACGAAGUUAUGGUUGAAUUAGAUGACUCACAGAAAGAAAACAUGGUGUAUGUCUGUACUAAUUUCACUGCAAUGAUGCUUUGACAAUCAAAUUAUUUUGAAUAAUUACUUUGUAAAACGUCCAUUUUAUGUCCUCACAUGAAAACGAAAAUAUUUUUGUUCUUUUAAAAAUGAUUAUUAUUAAUAAUAAUAAUAAUAUUGGCAAAUUAAUGGAAAUAUUGGUUAUGUUGUAUUCCCAGAGUUCAGUGCACUUUGUAGAUAUUCUAAACAUGAGGAAUUGUUGACUUAUUUAUAUUUUUUACCGUUUUACUUAGUUUGGUUUAUUAUUAUUUACCUAUUUAUUUAUUUUAACUUAACUUA